AUAAGUGUUCAUGCCCUGAGGAGCUUGAAAUGUAAGUAAAUAUAGAUGUUAUUCACAAUGAGUGCUGAGGAAGGAAGGAAGGAUAGUCUUGUGGUUAGAGCACUGGAUUGGGGCUCAGGAGAUGUGUGUUCAGUCUUCAGCUCUGGCAAUGGCUUCAUUUGGGACCUCGGGUCCAAGAUGGCGGCGGUGGCGGCUCCUACGGCUCCAUCUCCGCCUCCCCCGCCCCCGCCGGGCCCGUGCUGCCCCGGCUCGUGGCCGAACUUCGCCGUGGUCUGCUCCUUCCUGGAGCGCUACGGGGCGCUGCUGGACCUGCCCGAGCUGCCCUUCCCCGAGCUGGAGCGCGUCCUGCAGCCGCCGCAGGAGCCCGGCGACCAGGUUCCAAAAGAGUUGGUAGAACUUCACUUGAAACUGAUGAGGAAGAUUGGGAAGUCUGUCACAGCAGACAGAUGGGAAAAAUACUUGAUCAAGAUAUGCCAAGAGUUCAACAGUACUUGGGCGUGGGAGAUGGAGAAGAAAGGCUACCUGGAAACAAGUGUUGAAUGCAAAUUGGGAAUUCUGAAGUACCUCUGUGAGUGUCAGUUUGAUGACAAUCUAAAAUUUAAGAAUAUCAUUAAUGAAGAGGAUGCUGAUGCUAUGCGUCUCCAGCCAAUUGGUCGAGACAAGGAUGGUUUAAUGUAUUGGUACCAGCUGGAUCAAGAACAUAAUGUGAGAAUGUAUGUAGAAGAACAGGAUGACCAGGAUGGGUCUUCUUGGAAAUGCAUUGUCAGAAACCGAAAUGAGCUAGCUGAGACGCUUGAACUUUUGAAAGCACAAAUCGAUCCUGCACUGUUGAAAAAGAACAACCAGCAGGACAGCUCAUCACGUGAAAGCCCUAGCAUAGAAGAUGAAGAUAGCAAAAAGGAGGAAGAAAUAUCUCCACCAGGAAAUGAAUUAAAAAUAAAAGAAGAAAAGGAGACAGUGGAAGUACAGUCAAAGGAAUUGGAAAGCCUUCCUCCACCUACAGUCCCAGCAGAUGAAAACAUGAUGAAAAAGGAGAAAGUGGAAGAAAAGGAAAUUAUAAAACUGCCAGUCAUAGUAAAGCUAGAGAAGCCUUCAGAAAACAAUGAGGAAAAGCAGAUUACCAAAGAAGAAAGUGAUUCUUUUAAAGAAAAUGUCAAGCCUGUUAAAGCAGAAGUGAAGGAAAAUAAAGUAGAACCAAAAGAUUUAAAAGAAGUAAAAAGCAGCACAGAUAAAAUAACAGUUCAUGAGCCUGAGAGAUUAGAGUUUUCUGUCAAUGUCAAAACCCCUCAAGAAGUUGUGGAGAAAUCUGCAGAAGAAAGUGAGAAACUUAAAAAUGACCAGCAGGCAAAGAUACCACUGAAAAAGCGAGAGAUCAAGCUAACAGAUGACUAUGACAGUCCAGUAAAGGGGUCCUUGUGUAAAUGUGUUACUCCAACAAAGGAUGUCUUGAAAGAGGAAGGAAAACCAGAGGAGGAGGGUUUUAGACGAGUCCCUACAAUCACUGCUUUAUGUCCUGAUGGGAAAUUGCUAGUAAAUGGAGAGGUUAGUGGUGAAAAAGUUACCCAAAAUGUCACCCAAAAUAAUAAGUCAGAACAUUCCAUUAGCACAAAGGAAGACAGCAGCAGCUCAUCGAAGGAGAAAAAUUGCAUAAGUGGGGGGAAAAUAUCAGACUCUUUAAACUCUGUUAGCAAAAUUGUGAGAACAUGUGAAGAUGAGAAAAAUGUGCCUACAGACAAAGAGGUAGCUGCUAUGGUCUCUGAGGUUUCUAAUCAGAAAGUGCCUUUAAAGGAGGAAUCUAGUCCUAUAGAAAAAGAGUCCCUUGACAGUAUGACUUCUGAGAUGGCAAUGGAGGACUCUUGGAAAACAGGAUACUGCCCCAAGAAACCUGAAGAGAAAUUAGCUUUGAAAACUAGGAAGGACAGACGACCACCACUCAAAGAAUGUUUAGAAAAGCUGGAAAAGUCCAUGAAGACAUCCACUCCUAAGGAGCCACCCAAGCUUGGUCUAACAGAUGAAGAAUGUUUGAAAAGUAAAAUUGAACUGGAGAAGAAAUCUGACUCUCCAAAAGCCGCUGAAACACCUCCAUCGUCUAUUCCUCCUGUUCCUUCUGAGAAAUCUGCUUCAGAAAAAGAGGGCUCAGAUUCCAAAAACAUACUUGCUGAUGAAAGCAAAGUACAGGAAGGAUCAGACUUAAAAAAACAGAAGGAGGAAUUUGAAGCUGCCCGGACAGAACCAGAUAAACAAGAUAAUGCCCAAACCUCUAGUGUAGAGGAGUCUUCAGAGACUAAAACGGAAUCUGCAGUACAAAAAAGCAAAUUUAAAUAUAAACUGGUUUCUGAAGAGAACAUCUGUGUAACAGAUAACAAGGAAAUAACCUCCGAGAGGCAAAAGGAAGGGAUCAAGUUAACCAUCAGGAUCUCCAGUAGAAAGAAAAAGCCUGAUCCACCUCCGAAGACUCAGGACACUGAGCAGAAGGAAGAGGAGGAAGUCAGUGUUGGUCGCACUUUAAGGAGGUCUCCAAGAAUAUCUAAACCUACUCCAAAAGUGGUGGAGACUCGAGAUCAGAAACCUGACAAAAAACGAGGUGAAGAGGAAGAGGAGAAACUGGCAGUGCUGCAAAAGCAAGACCGAAGAGAGGAUGUGAAAAAACAAGAGAAGGAGUCCAAUUCUAAAGUGAGCAAGGCCACACAGAGAAACAAAGUGCGGUGGACAGGUACUCGAACACGUGGCAGGUGGAGAUAUUCAAGUAAUGAAGAGAGCGAGGAGUCUGAGACCGAAGAAAACUCUGAGGAGGAAUCUGAGGGGGAAGAGGAAGAAGAGGAACCUGCACCUGCUGAUGAUGAUGAACCAUGCAAGAAGUGUGGCCUUCCCAAUCACCCUGAGCUAAUUCUGUUGUGUGACUCUUGUGACAGUGGAUAUCACACAGCCUGCCUUCGACCCCCAUUGAUGAUAAUCCCAGAUGGAGAGUGGUUCUGCCCACCUUGCCAACAUAAAUUACUCUGUGAGAAGUUAGAAGAACAGUUGCAAGAUCUGGAUGUUGUCUUGAAAAAGAAGGAGCGGGCAGAGCGAAGGAAAGAGCGAUUGGUGUAUGUGGGUAUCAGUAUUGAGAACAUCAUCCCACCACAAGAGCCAGAAAUACUGGAAAGUCAGGAAGAAAAGAAGAAAGACUCCAAAAAGUCAAAAUCAAAACGGCUUGAAAGGAGGUCUACUAGAACACGGAAAUGCAUAAGUUACAGAUUUGAUGAAUUUGAUGAGGCAAUUGAUGAAGCAAUAGAAGAUGAUAUCAAGGAGGCCGAUGGAGGAGGUGUUGGCAGAGGCAAAGACAUGUCUAAUAUCACAGGUCACCGGGGAAAAGACAUUUCCACCAUCCUAGAGGAAGAAAGGAAAGAAAAUAAGCGGCCACAAAGGGCUGCUGCAGCACGUCGCAAGAAACGACGGCGACUGAACGACCUCGAUAGUGAUAGUAACCUGGAUGAGGAAGAGAGUGAGGAUGAGUUCAGGAUCAGUGAUGGAUCUCAGGACGAGUUUGUUGUAUCAGAGGAAAACCCAGAUGAAAGUGAAGAUGAUCAGCUGUCAAACGAAGACAGUGAUACAGAGUUCUGUGCCCGUAGACCCAAGCGACACCACUCCAGGCCAAUGAGACAAAGCAGGCGGUUACGAAGAAAAACAGUCAAGAAAAAAUAUUCAGAGGAUGAUGAAGAGGAAGACUCUGAGGACAAUUUAAGUAGGGAGUCUGAAAGUGGUGAUUACACAGAUUACAGUGAUGAUGAUUACCUGGAAACUAGGCGGAGAAGAUCAAGGCGGAAUCAAAAGAGACAAGUUAACUAUAAGGAGGAUUCAGAAAGCGAUGGCUCACAGAAAAGUGUUCGAUAUGGAAAGGAGCUAAGACGACUUCAUAAACGGAGGCUUCCCAGUUCAGACAGUGAAGAGAGCUACAUGUCCAAGAACUCUGAAGAUGAUGAACCAGCAAAGGAAUCAAAGCAGUCUAUUCGAAAACGUAGCCGAAGCACAGAUGAAUACUCAGAAGGAGAAGAGGAUGGGGAUGAACCAGAGGAGGGGAGACCUGUCCGCAAACGGCUGAAUCGAAUUGAAACAGAUGAUGAAGAUAACUGCGACAAUGCGAACAAAGAUGCAGAAAAGCCUGCACCUGCAAAUAAGCCAUCAGCACCUCAUGCUCCUCAUGACAGCACCAAGAAGCCCUGCUACCGGAUAGAAAGUGAUGAUGAAGAUGACUUUGAUAAUGUAGGGAAAGUAGGAAGUCCGUUGGACUACAGCCUAGUGGACUUGCCUUCCACCAAUGGACAGAGCCCAGGUAAAACUAUUGAGACCUUGAUUGGCAAACCAAGUGAGAAGACUCAAGCCCCCAAAGACAGCACAGCCAAUGCCACCCUGGCACCCAAUGGGACAGGGGGUGGGCAGGAGGUAGUAGGGCCAGAGGAAGAGGAGGAUGAACUUUUGAGAGUGACUGACCUUGUUGAUUACGUCUGUAACAGUGAACAGUUAUAAGACUUUCUUCCAUUUUUGUGCUAAUUUAUUCCACGGUAGCUCAUACCAGCGGGCCAGUUAUUAAAAGCUGUUUUAUUUUUCCUAAAAGACUCUCCACUACAGUAUCACUUUUUAGAAGCAAGAAUUUCACCAGUUCUGCAGUCUUUCUGUGAAGUGACCAGUUUUGAACUUUGAAGAUAAAUUGCUGUAAAGUCCCUCUUAAUUUUUUUCUCUCCUUCCAAGUCCAUGGUCCUGGGUAAUUUCAUUCACAAAAACCUUAUAACAACAAGAGAUUUGUAUAUUUUUGACUUUAUAUUUCCUGAAAGCAUACAAAUUUGUUGAAAUGUGUGGCCUAUGAAAGCAUUCCAAAUCGGUCUGGGCCCAAAACGUAACUGGGGCAGGGGGCAGUGGGAGGCGGGAAUGGGGGUGUGUGUGCAGAAACACUUGUGCUCUAGCUUUUUCAUAUGAGAUAUAUAUUAUAUUUAAAUGUUCACAACUUAGAUUACAAUUUAACAGACAAGUUUAAAAAUUAAUGUCUCUACUGUUGCAUUUUGUGAGUUGUAGGUUAACAUACAUAGCUCAUUUUAGUAACCACCUUCAUGAAAGCAGCUUGAUUUAAGACUGGAGAUAACCACGGUAAAUAAAGAGGCCGAGAAAGUACAAUAAACAAGAACUCUAGUAUCCAUUUUGACUUGCAGAGUUUCCUGAUAAACAUCCUUUAAAGUGUUUGUACAGUAAAGUGUACUGUAAUGAAGUUUUGACGGUUGAAACGUGCCAGCAAUGAAUUUAUAAAACAGGUUUUCCGUGCAUAUUUCAUCAGAUGGCCUUUAAUGUACAGUAUCUGGUGGGAGGGAAUCUCAGUGUGAAGUUAGUUUGUAAGUGGGAUGAUACCAUGUGAGUGCUGUAAACUUUUACAGAUGCCAGAACCACUGUAUAAAGUAACUGCCUGGCCAUUUGAGUUUUAAACCAUAUAUCAGGGUAUUUUGAAAGGAAUAUGUUUGUACAUACUGCAUUGACCACAGGAUUACAGCACAUCUGAUGAUGGAGGGAUUUUCAAAUAAACCUUGACUGGUCCAUUCAUGCCCCUAAUAUCUACUUCAAAUUGAAGUAAACAAAUGGAGCAGUUUUCCUUUUGGAGGUUUUCUGUUUUGGAUUUGCGUGUUUCUGUUUUGAUUUACUUAUCUGCCUGGAUGUACUAGCAGGUUUUGAAUGUAGUGUUGGCCUUUGGCCAUUAGAAUUUUCUUAAAAUACAUUUUAAUAGUUGUCAUGUGACCAACUGAUUUCAAGAAGGCAGUAUUUCUGGGAGAAAAUGCUUGACUCCAAGACAAUAUCUCAUCACUUUGAGUGGCAUAUACUUUAGCUCAAGUAUAUAGAUUUUUUUUUAACAGUUUAUUUGGCACAUAAUAGACAGUGAAGCUGAAGUUUGUUUUGGAUAGCACUCAGUUUUCUCUUCGCUCUUAAUUAAGAUGCAGGCUGUAAAGUUUAUACAUGUUGUAGCCCACAGCUAAAACAUAGCUGCCAAAUGUUGAAAUCGAAUAAGGUCACAUCUAUUAAACCUUUCGCGCUGAGAUUUGGAUUUCCCCCCCCCCCGGUGUUAUGUCCAUUGCCGGCAAUGGAUACACCAAAUUUGCUGCUGGCACCAAGGAGAGAAUUCUCCUUCCUACCCCCAUCCCCACCUCCUCAAUGUCGUAUUGACGAGUCAGUCAGUAGUUAAGCACUUCUAUUUCAUUGUAAUAAAGCUGGCAUUAGGCCUUUACUAAAUACCUCUCUAGAAAACCUAGAUCCAAAAAUACCUACCUUCUAGCCUUGAAAGUCCUUGUUUUUGUUUUUCCCCUCUGUCCAUGUUAGUUCUGUAGAACCGACUGCAUUAAUGUUAUUUCAUUGGAAUUCUAGCAGUUCAUAUAUCCUCACGUAUAAAACUAGAACCAUCAAAGCUGCAAAAGGUUAGGACCCACUCAUCGUUUGCUAUGGUAAGCAAGGUUUGUAACUUAAGAAAAUGAGAAUUCACUCUUUCUUUCCCAAUGAGUUUAUUCCAUUUGAAUUUUUAAACAACGAAUUAUUUCCACCAUGUCAAUUGAUAGUUAACAGGUUUCAUUAACAGAUGUUUAAACAGGGUAGUGCGAAAAGCCACAGAAGUUUAGAAAGUGUUCUUAAAAGCCUAUGUAGCAUUUUAAGCUACUACACAGUAUAUGCUUUUUUUUUCCCCCUUAGGUGAUGCAACAAUGUAGUGCUGCUACAUUUCUAAUAUACUUGUGUUUCAAAUGAUCAAUGACAUGUGGCUCCCAUUUUUCAAUGUUAGUAACUGUGCAUUUUUAAUAUUUGCAAUGCAAACUGUCUGAUUCACAUAUGCAAUACUCUGCAGCCAAGACUUCUGUUUUGUUUAGGCAGUGCCAUAACCCUUUUGCUCUCUGACUUAGCCUUUUAGUAUCUGAUCAGUGCUGUAGCAAACAUUCUUGCUAUUGCAUUAACUCUAAAUUAUAGACACGUAGCGGGCAACUAAUUUCAAUGUAAGAAAAAUACAAAAGAGUUGGAAGUAUUGGAUAUGCAACCAGAGGAAAAAAAUCAAAUAUUGUGGCUUAAUUGUGGGAAUGAUGUAAAAGCAGACAAUAUCAUAAAGUCCAGUCAGAACACUGGAACAGAUGAUCCAGUUAUUUUUCAGGUACUGUCAGUUCUGAAAAUAUGUACAUGACUUUGACACUGCUCGGAGCUUUACUUCCUGUAUGUCAGUUUUGUAGACUGACCUUCUAUUUGAUUAAGAAAAAGUCAUCUCUGGUGUUAAUGUCAUCCCAAAGAGUCCAAGCCUGAAACUCUCUUACACAGGCAAAGCUCCCUUUUAUAUCAAUGGGAAUCAUAUCUGAGUAAAGACUGCAACAUUUGGCUCAAAGAGAGGGCUACAUUUUCAACAUGCUCCCAAUCCCCAGUUUUGAAGAUUUUCUGCUUGAUGGGAAAUGUAUAGUAUCUUCUUUGGGAAAUGGCACUUCUUGAUAAGAGCACAAGUGACCCCUAGUCAGAUGUUAAGAAUAUUUUCAUUAGUCCACACUAUGGAAAUGUCUUCCAGUUGAUUUAGUGUCAUUUGCAGAUUGUGUUCUACUGUAAUCUUGGUAAGGAAUGAAGUGCAAUGUUUUUGGAUUAUGUUAAUGUCCACAAUGAAUACUAAUCUUCAGCUGUGGCUUAAGUUAAUAAGCAAAAGAUCAAAUAAUUUUAGAAACACAAUAGAGACUUGCCUUGGGUUAUUUAACAGAAUAGUUCCAAUUGGAAAAGAAUAAGCAGAUAUCAAUCCUAUAUGUAAGGAUUUGAUUACACAAACAGCUGCCCAUCAGGUUGUGACUAAAAGUUGCUAUACGGGUAUUGCAGAUUUUUAAGUUGAACAUUGUUUAGUGCAGAACUGACUGGGAAGAAAGUUAAUUAAGUGCAGUUUAGGUUUUAAGCAGCAUUGUAGAGUGGAGGAAGGUACAAGUUGAGGGAAUGAAAUGAGGGAUGGAAAUUUCUAAUCCAUUUCACAAAGAGAAGAGUAAUAUUUGCUGGCUUGCAAACCACUUGUAUGAGCAUUGGUGUCAAAAGUGUACAGUAAAUUCACUUCACUCUAAAUCGAUGUGAUGGAUUACAUUAACAAAGCCCGUAAUAUAGUAAGAACUUCACCAUGGCUGUUUUUGUCGUCUUUGAUUCUUCUAAAUGAGUGUAUUCCUGGUUUUAAAAAACAAAUGUAGACACAGUUUAUGUCUCUUUGUUUAAUUAUGAGUACAGGAAGAUCAAUACUAAACAAUGAACUCUUUGAGCAUUUGAUAGUUGAUUCAGAGCUGUGCACAUUAAAUUACGUGAACACAUUGACACGUUUUCUUUAUCUAAUGGCUUUUGCAUUGUAACUGCACUUGAGAAGAACAGUGAUGCUUUUUUCUAUAUUUUGUUUAUAAGGUAUGUCACUGUCUUUAAGACUAUCCUUUUGGAUUAAGGUGCCUCAGUUGCUCUUCUGCUAAUGGAAGUUGGCUUGUAUUCCAUUUGCUUCUGUUUUGUCUUCACUGUGUCUGAACACCUCAUGAGAGACUGACUUAUUCAGAGAACCUCAGGCAGCAUAUAUGUUCAUAAAAGAAAAAACCUUUGCAUGGCAGUCCAUUUGUUCUAAUUUAUCUUAGUAUCUUUAUCAUUUGAACUAUGUGACUAUCCAAAUGCUGUAGUAGUUCAAUAAUUCUAAUAGUACACUGUCAGGGUGUCCAUUACAAACCUCUGUUUUCAUGCAUUUCUAAUUUUGCAUUGAAAGCUCUUCAGCAUGAAGACUUGGCCCAACAGUCACUUUUUAAAACUUGCUUCCAAUCACACAGUUUCACAAACUAGCUUUCUUAAAAGUAAACAAGAUAAAGGCACCUGGGUUUUUAAAAUCCCCUUUGUAUACAUUAAUUAAAUAAUAUUUUGCAGUCAUGCUAGUCCAAAAAUGGUCUAAUCAAGAUAUGUGUCAACUGGCUCAAAAUGGCACUCUUUAAGCCUUGAAAAAGUGAUUGUGGAACAUGUGCAGUGACUACUGUUCACAGGUUUGUAUUAUAGAUUUUAAUAUACAGGAUGCAUCCUAUGUGCGUAUUUAUGUAAGAACACUUCCAGUCCAUUGGGUAAAUAAAAUCUUUAAAAAAUUGUAUAUAAAUAAAUAUUAAAUCCUUCAAACAGAAACAAAUCUUUACUGGAAAAAAAACUAUACUGAAUGGAGAGGGAAGAAAGAAAGCAGUUCAUGUUAAGUAGUCCUGGUCUGCAAGUCCUUACGCACAGGUUUGUCUAUGGAAGUCAUUAAGACUGCUUUUAGCAAUAAAGGUUUGCAGGAUUAGGACUAGAAUUCUUGAUGCAAUCUAGGAAAUCCUGGCUGCCAAUCUUAGCUUUUGUGUUUCACCCCUCACCUGGGGUGAAAUGUUGCUUUUAACUGUUUUGGAAGGCAGGAAAUAUGAAGUGAGCAGAGAGAGGCCUUAAUUUUAAUUGAACUAAUGUUUGCAAUAUGUAUUGACCUAAAUUUUCAAAAAUUACGAAUGAUUUUGGAUGCCUCAAUUUUUGGGUGUCCAGUCAGAGACAUGUUAAAGACGCCUGACUUUUCAGAAACAGCAGAAUACUCACUCACUGAAAAUAAGGCCCCUUUGAGGUGUCUCCUGUUGGACAACCAAAAAUUGAGACACUGAAAAUCAUUAGUCCCUUUUUGAAAAUUAAGUCACUUACUAAGCUCUUUUUAUAGCAUCAGUAUAACUCCUUGUUUGAAUGACAGAAUUCCAAACAGCAAAAAACAAGGUUGCAUGGGAAUUGAAAUAAUUGCCCAAAGCUUCAGAGUAAUUUAACUUAUUUGUACAUUCCAAAAAAUUUAUAUUGCUUAUAACAAUACUUAAAUUAUGUACAGUUUCUGAAGGAAAGAGUAGAACACUCUAAAGUAGGUAAUAGAUUUUUACAAUUGAGCAUAUAGUGUAAAGGCUCCAGACACAAUUACAACUGUAAAAAGUCUGACAACCUGGGUUUUGAGCUAUCACUCUAACUGCUUGCACCCAGUACCUGUUCUCAUGAGCAGUAGAGACAAGGCAAAUGCAGGCAGAGGGGACACAUUGCUUAAUAAUGGUACUUGUGGCUGUAAAUAUAUCUGAGAUUGCUACAAAUAACCCCAAAAGUUACUAACUAGAGCUGCAAGAUUAGAGGAGGAAAACGUUGCUCUGUUUUUUCCAGUUUGUUUACUUUGUGCACUGGAUAGCACUUUGUGUAUAGUGAGCCUCACUGGUUCCCAGGGCUAGUCAGAAAUUGUUUCCCCCUGUCGUUUUGAAUGGAUCUUUCAAAUGGCAGUACGGGACAGGAAGAAAAAAUAGCAAAAUGUGAUUGCAAACUCACGACCAUUUGCAGAAGGGGAUUCAGAAAGGCAUAGUGUUGAAACAACUUGUAAUUCACUCUUAAAAACUGACUAUUUCAAAUGGACUGUGCCCCUUUAAGACAUUGAGGCUGACACCCUCGUGACCUCAUUCCUGUCCCCACAGCUGCAUAAAAAUCUGUGUAUGCUAGAAAAGGUGGUUUCCUACAACAGAUGAAUGAGUGCUAUAGGGUAGGUGUGGAUGUGGGGGGUUUUGGAGCAAUACAUUAGAUAUUUUAACACUGUUUGGCUUUGGCACAAUCUGAUGGAGGCCACUCUGUAUGCUUAUCCCUCCUCUUAUGACCCAAACAGCUAUGCUGAUUUGUAAUAUUUAGCUUAGCCUGUUAGGACGUCGUAACGAAUUGUUGUAGCCAUGUUGGUCCCAGGAUAUGAGAGAGAAAUGGUGGGUGAGGUAAUAUCUUUUAUUGGACCAACUUCUAUUGGUGGAAGGUACAAGCUUUCAAACUACACAGAGCUCUUCAUCGGGUGUCUGAGCUAAAUACAAGUCGGGAUUUUUGUUUGUAGUUAGUCCCAACUUUUUAGCUCAGGCGCUCUGCUUCCUUCCCCAGACCUGAAGAAGAGCUCCGCAUAGAACAGAAAGCGUGUACUUUCCACCAACAGAAGUUGGUCCAAUAAAAUAGAUUACCCCACCUUGACUUUCUCAGGACUUAACAAAUGAUUCUACAGGAAAAAAGCUGUUCUACUGAAAGCCGUAAUAGGCCUAGUACUGGCACACCAUUUAUUAGCUAGAUGACUAUAAGGUCCUUAAUAGAUAUUAAUCUGCUACUAAAGUUAAUGUGGUAGAAAAGGAAAUCAAAUCAUAAAUCUUUUGCUUUUAAUUUCAUACUCAUAUUGACUCUGAAAUCUUGUCUUAUUCUUACAAGUACAUUCAUUAAAAUGGUACUUCCCCCUAACUGACAUUAAAUUCUUUUAAAUGCCAAUGGUUGCUAAUUUCUUUCUUGUUUCACAGCUCUCCUUUAUAAUACAUAGCAGCUAUCAUAUGCUUUGGUGUAUAAUGGCUGUCAAAUGGGCACGUUCUGUGUGUUUAUACCUGAUGUUCAUGUCUCUAUUCACUGUCCCAGUAAAUUUAGUACAGAUUGCUUGCUAGCAGAAUGGUUGUUCCAAUACUCUGUGAUAAUUAGGUCAAAACUCCCCAAUAUGGUCUCUUAAAUUUUAAGAUAUGCUUACAUGAAAUACAGUUUUUGUCUUACUUCUGUGUGCUGUUUAAAUGUUGCAGAGAAACCUACAGUUCCUUAAAGUUUAUCUCAAAUUCACUGAUGGCCUCAUUUUUGUUUUAUCUUACUCUUAAGAGGUAACAUGGUAAAUUUCCAAACGCUUAGCCGUUCUUUGUAGAGUUUAACCCUUGCUUUGCUUGAGUCCUAAACCUUGAUUUUUAAAUCUUUCUCUGAAAUCAUGGCUUGCUAUAUUUUGAAGGGAAAGGACUGAGGUGCACACACUGCAUGUGUUGUGUGUGUGGAGGGGGGGAAAUAUGUUGAAAAAACUGGAAGUGUAAUUCUUGUUGCACAUAACUUGGGUGGUGCUUUCACUGUUUUGUUUCCCACCAGUAAUUUCACCUGCAUGUAAAACAUGAUACGUUAAAAACUUUAAAACAAAAGUCAUGGUGGUCUCAGUGCUCAAAGGGGUUAACUGCAGUUUAAUAACAGCUGAUGUUUUUAGAUUUGCAGUACACAACUGUUUAAAUACUGUAUUCCUUGUAAAUGAAGUAAAAAAAAAAAAAUGUUAAGGCUGGUGCCAAUAUUUUUGUUAAUGAAAUGUUCAUUGUUGUCUGUCACUACAGUCUGGUCAGAACUCUUUGUGUAUAAGCUGGGCCUGAAGCCAUUUUAUAGCUUGUAGGCCUAAUUGUGUAACUUUUUCUUUCAUAAUGUUUUUGUUAUAAUAUCUACUGUCAUUUCUUUCCUAUAAAUAUGACAUGUAAAUUGUCAUAAUAAAAAAAUUAAAUAACUUGA